AACCGCGUUAUGCAGGCGAUAGAGAAAUAAAUAAUUCGAUUUUUCUCAGCACAUUCUGCAUUCCUUCGAGAGACACGAAACGUUUUCAGAACGAUAAACCAAGGUUUUCUUUCGAAUUAAGUUUGGAAGGCUGCUGCAAUGGAGUCUUUAAUAGUAUUAUUCGCAUUUGUGGGAUAUACACUAUUGCAGCUUGGAGCUUCACAACCAAAGAACACAUCUUCCAUCAUAAUCAAUAAUGUGUUAUCACUUGUGAUAUCUGCGAUCAUGUUUUGGGCAACUGGCUACGCUUUUGCCUUUGGUUCAUCUGGUGAUUCAUUCUUGUCUUACUCUCAGUUCUUUCUAAUCGAUGCUACACAAGCUGAUUUUUCUGCCUGGUUCAAGCAUUUCACAUACCUCGCUCUCUACAUUGCAAUUGUCAACGGAAGCUUUGCCGAGAGAAUGAGGUUCUGGAUCUACCCGUUCCUUACAGUGUUUCUCUCAGGCUUUGUAUACCCUGUUUCAACACACUGGGCAUGGCACAGCCAAAAGAAAGGCUGGCUUAUGACUGAAUUCAACACAAGCGACAGCAAAUUUAUAGUUUAUCAGGACGUUGGAGGUGCUGGUGUCAUUCACGUUUCUGCUGGAGGUAUUGCUGUAAUUGCUGCAAUUUUGUUGGGAGCUAGGCCAGCUCGAAAGAGCCACGGAGAGAGAAAGCUGAAGGAUAUCGGGGGCGAAACAAACACGAACAUUUUCCUUGGUGCUUUGCUAGUUCUGAUUGGCCUUGGAACAAAAAACGUCAUCGAGAAUACAUCGACACUUCUCCGAUCCCGUGCUCUCGUGAACUCAUUUUUGGCUGCGUCGAUGAGUGGCUUUACAUCAUUUGCGCUGAAGAGAACCGCUGUCUUUGGAGCUAACUGGAAUACAAAAACCCUCCUUAACAGUGCAAUAAUGGGACUGGUAUCCGUAAGUGCUGCACCUGGAAACAUGUAUCCCUAUGCUGCCUUUGCUAUUGGCUUCGUUUCUGGCUGUGCCUAUGUUGUCUGGAGUGUUUUGCUCAAGACCUGUCGGGUGGACGAUAUCUCUGAUACUAUUACAGUAAACGUCGGUGGUGGUAUCUUGGGUGUACUGGCUGGACCACUGUUGACAAUAGGUGACGGCGUUUUCUACGCUGGUACCAUCAAGACUUUUAACGCUUUUGGACUGAACAUGCUUGGAUUGGUCGUGUUUUUCUUCUGGCAUGCUGCAUUUGCUCUCGUUCUCCUUGCAGCCUUUGUAUGUGCAAACAGACUUACAUACAAGCCCCACAAUAUUUCCCAUGAAACUGGUUUUGAUAUCCAUGAACAUGAUGAGCCUGCCUACCCUGCUAAAGAGACCUUCCCGGAAGGAGACACUUCACCAAAGAGCUUGGCUGUUCUUACUGACAUGGGAGAGUACAAUUUCUAUGGGAAGCCGGUGAGGGCAAUUGUGAAUGGCUCCUUUGCAGAAACAAAGCUGGACAAGUAAAUAUGAUGGGUGUUCCAAACGAUUGAAUUGACAAUUUUUUUAUAGUUAUCAUCAAAAAUAUCUUCUGCAUAUUUUCCCAAUCAUUUUCUUCCUGUGUCCUUUGAUAGUGCUAAUGUUUACUGAAUCCAGCUAGAAAAGGGACAGUCCUAGCCCGGCAUGGUGUGGGUAGUAACUUGCGUCGUGGCGUCAAUGUUAAUUCUUAACUUUACUUCACAAUAUUAACUAUUUUCUUCACUAUUUUUUAUCAGCUAAUACUGCAGAAUAUGAUCUCUUUUCCUACCAAGUAAACUUUCAUAUAUCUUUAGAUGAAUUUUUUGAACCAUAUAAACCUCUCCUUCUUUAGGCCCGUUCUGCUUAAAUAGUUAUUUCUCUGCUCUAACAGUAAUCUGUUGUGUUGACUGAAACUUUGAAUAAGAUGGAUAUGUUUGCGAAAUUGCCUUUUCCUUAUCAAUUUUAUGCACAAAUUUUGACAAGUCAACAACUGUUGUUUCAUGCGUCAUUGUAGAGAUAAUUUUCUUGUCGUGCUUUCAGUAUUCAAUUAGGCCAUGAAAAUAUUAAAAUACAAUUGUUGACUUGUGCAGACCAAUUUAAAGUUCGCAUACAAUAUUUCCCUCUAUCAAUUCUCCCAAAUUUAAGCUCAAAAUGAAAAAAGAAGAGAUAAGAAAGACAAAAGAAAAGGCGUAUUUUGUAGCUGAUUCAUCAUCCUUUACAUGAUUCUUCUCUGCUUGUCUCCUAAAGCUUUAAUUUUUAAUCAUAAAUGACGUAAUCAAGUGACUCUUUGUGGUUGCAGAAAACUGGUUAGAAAAAUUCAUUUUAAUGUUAAAAAAUUAAAAAUGGUCGAUGUAUAGUUGCUGACUUUUGAUAAACUUUUAUGUACUUUUUUUAUACUCAACGUAUCUUUUAGAUUAUUCAUUGUUACUUUUGAAAUAUGUACCACCUAAAGAGAUUGUCAUGUAAAAAUCUUCCCUGGCGUAAAAGAUCUACAAGUAAAAGAUCUCAUUUAUGUCACUGAGAAGCUGCUUAUAAUAGCAUACAAAUCUUGACGGAUUAUCAGUCACUAAUGUGUCACUAAUGACCUUGGAUUGGCUGGUCCGUUUUCCUGCUUCCUUUUCUGAUCUGUUUGAUGUGAAAGAACACAACCGAAACAUUGUAAAUAUUAUCAUAUGCUUAAAGGUUUUUUGUACUUGGGGUUCCCUUGGACCUUUGGAAUUCAUCAAACAUUUGUGUUGGAUUUACCAAUUAGUUGAAAAAACUGUAUGAGCAUAUAUUUAACUGCUUUGCAUUUUGGUAAUUUUGUAGCUGAUUAGGCAUUUUAUAAACUACAGAAUUCAUUUUUGUGGUGUUAAUAUUUGAUAUUAGA